UUGCAGUUGGGUGAGGAAACCUUCAACCGCGCCAAGUUGUUGAAUGUUGGCUACACGGAGGCUUUGAAGGACGCGGAGUACGACUGCUUCAUCUUUAGCGACGUGGACCUGAUCCCGAUGGACGACCGUAACCUCUACCACUGCUACGACCAGCCGAGGCACUUCGCCAUCGCCAUGGACAAGUUUGGCUUCAGGCUGCCCUAUGCUGGCUACUUUGGUGGUGUCUCAGGCCUCAGUAAAAAACAGUUUCUGAAGAUCAAUGGCUUCCCCAACGAGUACUGGGGCUGGGGAGGGGAGGACGACGACAUCUACAACAGGAUCACUCUGAAUGGGAUGAAGGUGUCCAGGCCAGACGUUCGCAUCGGCCGCUACAGAAUGAUUAAACAUGAGAGAGACAAACACAACGAGCCAAACCCACAGAGAUUUAAUAAAAUCCAGAACACGAAGAACACGAUGAAGAAGGACGGCAUCAGCUCUCUGACCUACAGACUGGUUGAGGUCAAGAGGUACCCUCUAUACACACAUUUCUCUGUGGAGAUCGGCAAACCGCCGCCCCGUCCUAUAAAGGGCUAGAGAGAGAGGAAGACGAGGAGGUCGACACACUUUGACUGGAUGGAAAAAGACGAGGAGAAGAAGAAGGAAAUGCAGAGAGGGCAUAUCCUAGACAUCUGGAAAGAUGCAGGAGUGAAAUGAAAGAAGGAAUAGUCACAAGCACAUCAUGGUUUCUCCCUCUUUACCCCUCUGUCUGUUUGUUUCUUUUAGAUUUCAGCUUGCCAUUUCUGUAACCAGGACUCAGGCUCUUUCAACUUUUUCAAGCAGCCACUGGCUUUACACCUCCUACCUUUACCAACCAGUGACUUUAAAGGGUGUGGACAGAAGCUUGAGUAUCAGCGCUCGUCCAAAGGUGGCCACUGAUACUCAAAAAGUUUCCAAACUUGGAAGCUGAAACUUGGAGUGUUUCCAUUAACAAUCUUUUAUAAACUGGAGGUCAUCCAGACGCAUAUCCACAGAAGGUAUUGACGGGAACUAUUGUCGGGAGAUAAGAGAUGAGACAAUAACAUCGCUUGAAACUUUGUAAAGUUUUUAUCACCUAUUCUGAAACACUGGACUGCAUCGAGUGGGAUUUCUUGGAAUAUUUGACCAAGUUCAUGUAAGCAGAAGGUUAAAAAAUGGAUACAAAGACUGAUAUGAGAAGAGGUACCUGCUGGUUUGGAAAUGAAGUAUCGGGAAAAUAACGUACCUAGUGGACAACACACCUUUUAAACGCCAUCAAACAUUUUAUUUCCCAAGCUUUCACAGAGAAUGGAGCUUUCCAUUACAGACUGUAACAUUGAUGAAAUAUGAUGACAUGCAGUGAUGCUCCAUGAUGAACGUGUAUCUGAUGGAUUGCGCAUCAAAGAAAACGUCUGACUCUCAUCUUUACAGAUUAUGCUAAUAGAUGACUUAAUAUUGACGUCUUUGUCAGGGAGUUUGGAUCUAAUUACUUAAUCAAAUCCUCCGGUAUCAAUUAAUGAAUGUGUAUUGUGCCUGCAUCUACAGUGCUGGGACACGCUGAUAAAACAUGUUCGUCAGCAGCAACAAACUCCUGAGACUCUCUUUUUGAUCUCUUUUUUAUAUACAUAUAUAUAUAUAUAUAUAUAAACUAAAACUUUGGAAACAGAAACUGAUUUAUUGGAGUAAUGGAAAAAGUUUUCAGCAAAAGUAAACAUAUUGAAGAUAUGAAAUGUUUUAUCCUGUGCUUGAAUGCAAUUUUGUGGAACUACCUUGGGAAUGCAUUUGAAAUCAAAUUGAGGAACUGAAGACACCAAGGCAGAUAUAGACUGACAGCUCAGUCGUGAUUUUAACCCCCCCCCCCAUGUGGCACAAAUUGGAGAUUAGGAGAUAUUGGAAGCUUUUUCACUCCGCUUGAAGAAAGAUAGAGAUUUAUUUUAGUAAUCUGGGCUUUUAAACGAACGUUUUUGUCUCUUCAAGGUGCGAAAGGCUUGAGGUGCGUUAAUGUUCCUAAAGGUUACAGAUUUCAUUAGGUAGAAAUAUGCGUUUUUAAUUAGAAAUUGGGGCAUUUGCAACAUUUUCUGAACGCGUAUGGGGCAGCACGGGGUUAAACUGAGCUGUCAGAGUAGAGUCAUGGCCCAUGUUUUACAGGAAAACUUUUUUUUUUUUUUUUUUCAAGUAUCAUAAUUCAUUAAAACUCUAUUGAUACUGUAAUUAUGCCAUUUUCUCUCUCUGCUAUCUUUUUACUUUAAAUCUUUAAGAAAAUGCCGAUCAUAUCCAGAAAGAGGAAAUUAUAAGGCGAUAGUCUUCUGCCGGAGGAAAUUGUGAAUUUGAAGGCAGUAAUGAGAAGUUAACGUUUGAGCGGUUUGACUGACAUCUCUAUUGCUGCUUCACAUUAUAUUAUUAUCAGCUGUCAGUUCGGUAUUUAAAUCUAUUAUAUGACACUUUUUCAUAAACGAUGGUUACAUUUUUUUUAAUUGUUUUAACUUUCAAACUUUGUAUUCGUCUCAUGAGUUUCAGAAGUUUCUCUGUGUAAAGAAGGAACAAACUAAAUCUUUGAUCAUGAUUUCCUACGUCUACGUUUGACUGUUUUACGCUUUGAUCACUCUUCUUCCUUUCUUUUAUUUCUCCUUGUCUCUACUGUUGACGCCUAAACACCAAACUGAUGCCUUCACAAGUCAUCGAUACUAAAGAGGCAGGGACAGCUAUCUUCUACUUGAAGGUUACCUUAGGCUGUAAAAUCAAUUGAUGAAGAUACGUGUGUUCAGAUGGUAGUACACAUUUGUUUUAUUUUUUCAAAUUUAAAAACACUAAUACAAACACAAAGUACCACCUAUCUUUAAAGUGUUAAACAGACAGAAGAUGUGUGUGCAAUGCUGUAACUGUUUGAAUUUUGUAUCAAUUUGGGGCUUUUGUUUUGGGGAAUAUUUUGUAUUUUUGGCCUUGAGGCAGAAAUGUUCCCAUCUGUUUGGCUCUCCGUUAUCUACGCCUCAAGCCUGUUGGAAGGUUUGAUUACAACUCUCUCACACACACGUACACACACACGUACACACACAUAUGCAUAUGCAUUCACAAAGUCUUCCCUUUUUUCUUUGCAUUAUCUCGCCUUUCAUUGCCUUUUCUUUCUUGCUCUGCCAGUCCAGGCUGUGUGUGUCAAUGGCACUCUGUUGUGCUUUGUGGUGGGCCCACUUCAGGCACAGCUGUGUCUCACAAGAGUGCUUCUUCUUUCAAUAGAUAUCGACAGGGCCUCUCUUUGUGUCUCUGAAUCUGUGCCACUUACUGUCUGCAUCUUUAUUUUCAAAUCCCAAUUUGUGAAUCCUUCUGUGUCCCCCAUUUUCUCAUUUAUUUCCCCCCCCUUCAUCUGACUUUUCUUUUCUUUUUCACCCUCCCCUUGAUACUCUCCUGAUGAGUUUAAGUGUCCUCAGUGGGCAGACUACCUACGGAAAGGUCAAUACAAUUCCUUCUCUAUACUGUUUACAUCUUACCCCGUGCAAUAUUACAGAUUUGUUCGCACCUAGCACAUAUCCCGCUUAAAGUGGGAUAUGAAGCGAUAGCACUUGUUGUAAGUAGUUUGUAAUGCAGUCGUGCUUUUUUCCAAAAAGAUUUCAUAAUUGUUUGCUUCUAAUUCACCUGGUUGAUUUGAAAUCCUUGUAAUCAGUACAAAGUUGGAGCAGCAGAGGCCGAGAUUUCCUGAUUUUUAGUCCCUAAUAUGGGUCAAGAUCCAAAAACACUGGAUGCUUUUUUUUCUUCCCAUAAUGCAUUUGGAUAAUGUCUCUUAUAGCGUUGUGAAGUUGAAGGAGCAAUUUUGGGCGUAAAAGUCUCAUUAAUUUUUCCCAUAGACGAUGUUACAUGACUCACAUUUGGAGCUCUUCUACGACUUGGAUCGGCAGGAAACUCUUAACUCUGAUUAAAUCUUCAGUACAAAAGAUUUAAGUGAAUAUCAGAUUUGGUGGAGCCGUUAACUACAACUCCCAAGGUGCAUUUCAGAAGGAAAAGUCCAAUCACAGGGCUAAAAAUGAUGUUACAUGCACACUAACAGUGGGCACAAGAUACAGUUUUCCAAAAAAAUCCAUUUUGGAUUUACAAAUAUGGCACUGUGUGUUCAAGUGGGGAAAAAUACACUUCACUACUCUAUUCCACGAUCCCCUCCUGAUCCUCACACCUACAGUUUAUUAGGUCGGUUUAUCAGCCCAAACUGAUAUAUCCCUGAUUACCUUCUUCUUCUUCUUUCCUUUUUUUAAGCUCUCAUCACAUAAGACAUUAUUCAGCUGUUCUCCUCAUGACAAUUACAUUGAACUUUAAAAUUAGGAUAAAUUCACUCUCAUCUAGGCUACUGGACAAAUUACAGGCAACCCUUAAUGAGGUCAGUUAGGCUAGUGAUGAGUGACAGUUAUUGGAAUAAAGGAAUAGGAUAUAGCAAGAGAGGCCCCAGUGUGUAUAAACAGUAACAUGGAAUACAGAAAGUUUAGCAGCAGAAACUUCAGCAAAAAUAGUAUUUGAAACAUUUUCUUGAGAAUAAGAACAAACCGUGAGGAGCGCUUGAUGUUUCUUAAUGGACGCUUGACUUUUGAAGCUGUUCUAGUUGUCGAGCACACCUCCGGUGGUGAAGUAUUCAAAAAGGUUUUUUCAAAUAAUUAUUUUUGCUGCAGGACUUCAAGGCCUGUGGGCAUUUUUAAAAAUUUACUGUAUCUCUAGCUCUGUUUUUUUGUACAUUGAAUGUUGAAAAUGUUAUAUCUUAUAUAGAAUGCAUUACGUCAUAUCAAACCUACUUUUUCUAUACAAUCAAUAAAUCUGAUGGUUAAAGAUUG